AUGGCCGCGCCGCCCAGACAUUUGUCAAUGAUGUCCACCAACAACGCAGGUGCGCCUCAACCAGGCGCUAGCGAUAGACAGCAGAUCUCGCAACAGGCCUUGACACCGCAGCCAACACAGGGUCUCCGAGUACCCUCGAAUCGAAAGACCAUCUACGACCGACACCUCAAUCGGAGCCGCCAUGCAGAGUCCAGUCGGGCGAGCUUCGCCUACCUAUUCGGCGAGAUGGUGACAUACGCCCAACGGCGCGUAACAGGAAUCCAAGAUCUAGAGAAACGGCCUACGCCUCCUCGACCUCCUCUUCUACCGCUCCACGUCCACAUCAUCCUCAGCACUCUCCAGCUCAUCUACCUCUUCAUCCCCGCCAAAUCGCCCCCUACGCAUCAUCACUCUCCUCCAUUUGAUCCAUGGCCCGCUCUGGCGCCUGCUCUUUCAACGCUCCGCCGAUGCCCUCGAGCACUCCUCAACACAUACAUCAGCGUGCCGCGCGAGAUGAGCAUGCUCAAUUGCGCCGCUUUCGUGGCCGGUAUCAUCGAGGGUGUGUGCGACGGGUGCGGCUUCGAAGCCAAGGUCUCAGCCCAUAACCAGCCGACGGAGAUGUGGCCCAGCCGCACCGUGUUCCUCGUUCGGUUCGGGGAUAGUGUGAUGGAGCGUGAAAAGGUUCUGGAGCGAAAUGGUGUCAAAUAA